CCCUGAGCGCCCUCGCCAUGGCCCGCGCCCCCAGCCCGCUGCGCCUGGCGCUCCUGCUGAUCGGGGCGGUGGGCAGGGCCGGCCCCCGUCCCCAGGGUGCUGCCGUGUCCCUCUCGGAGACGGUGCAGAAAUGGCGAGAAUACCGGAGGCAGUGUCAGCGCUUCCUGACUGAGGCUCCGCCUCUGGCCACAGGUGUCUUCUGCAACCGGACCUUUGACGACUAUGCGUGCUGGCCAGAUGGACCCCCAGGUUCCUUUGUGAAUGUCAGCUGCCCCUGGUACCUGCCUUGGGCCAGCAGUGUACUACAGGGCCACGUGUACCGGUUCUGCACGGCCGACGGCCUCUGGCUCCAUAAGGACAACUCCAGCCUGCCAUGGAGGGACCUGUCGGAAUGCGAAGAGUCCAAGCGAGGGGAGAAAAACUCCCCAGAAGAGCAGCUCCUGUCCCUUUACAUCAUCUACACGGUGGGCUAUGCACUGUCCUUCUCUGCCCUGGUCAUCGCCUCGGCCAUCCUCCUGGGCUUCAGACACCUGCACUGCACGCGGAACUACAUCCACCUGAACCUGUUCUCUUCCUUCAUCCUGCGAGCGCUCUCCGUCUUCAUCAAGGACGCCGCCCUCAAGUGGAUGUACAGCACCGCGGCCCAGCAGCACCAGUGGGAUGGGCUCCUCUCCUACCAGGACUCUCUGAGUUGCCGCCUGGUAUUCCUGCUCAUGCAGUACUGUGUGGCGGCCAAUUACUACUGGCUGCUGGUGGAGGGCGUGUACCUCUACACCUUGCUGGCCUUCGCCGUGUUCUCCGAGCAGCGCGUCUUCAGGCUGUACCUGGGCAUAGGCUGGGGUGUCCCCCUGCUCUUUGUUGUUCCCUGGGGUGUUGUCAAGUACCUCUAUGAGGAUGAGGGCUGCUGGACCAGGAACUCAAACAUGAAUUACUGGCUCAUCAUCCGGCUGCCUAUUCUCUUUGCCAUUGCGGUGAACUUUCUCAUCUUCAUCCGGGUCAUCUGCAUUGUGGUGUCUAAACUGAAGGCCAAUCUCAUGUGCAAGACAGACGUCAAAUGCAGACUUGCCAAGUCCACCCUGACCCUCAUCCCCCUGCUGGGGACACACGAGGUCAUCUUUGCCUUUGUGAUGGACGAACACGCCCGGGGGACGCUGCGCUUUGUCAAGCUCUUCACAGAGCUCUCCUUCACGUCCUUCCAGGGGCUGAUGGUGGCCAUCUUGUACUGUUUUGUCAACAGUGAGGUCCAGAUGGAGUUUCGGAAGAGCUGGGAGCGCUGGCGGCUCGAGCAUUUGCGCGUCCAGAGGGACAGCAGCAUGAAACCUCUCAAGUGUCCCACCAACAGCCUGAGCAGCGGGGCCACCGUGGGCAGCAGUGUGCAAAUGGACGGUACCUCCCGGGACCGUGGGCACGUGUUCUCCGAGGAGGAUCAGCCUGCUAAUCUGAUCACCGUGGCAGGAGGAGAGGAGAAAACGCCGAUUGCUGCUAAAAUGAGGAUGUCUUCUGUGAAGCCGCAAAGCCCUUGGGGUUCCCCCAGACACAACAGCAAAUCAACCCCCGACUCAAACUCAUGGACAAUGGCUGAUUCGUGGGACUGGGGCUUGUGAGAGGUCCUGUUUCUUGAAGAAGCCAGUUUAACUUCGGGCCAAACCCAAAGCUUGGCAACAGUCAAGCAGCUCUGCAUGUACCGGCUGGGGCUGCCACCUGCAUCUGGCUCCUCGAUGAGAGAGGCUCUCUCUGUGUCUCUCUGUCUCUCUCCAUCUGGGUUACUGCCCGUUCGUCUUACCAUCCAGCUUCUCUCUGGGGACUUUCUUUGGGACCCUACAGGCAGCUGUUUCUGGAAGUGGUUUGAGUGGUGUUAAGAAGAGAUACUGAGCCGGGCAUGGCGGCUCACGCUUUCAUCCCUGCACUCUUGGGAGACUGAGGUAGACUUGGGAGACUGGCUGGGAGUUCGAGGCCAGCCUGCAACUACACAGUGACUUCCAGAUCCACCUGGGUUAGAGCGAGGCCCUGCCUUGUAAAAGCAGAAAAAGAAACACCGAGGAGUUGCUCAGGUUCCUUUGGUCGCUGGUGGCCACCUCCCCUGGUCAUUUGAGCUGCUUCUGUGUCUGCUUCAGCUCAGGGAACCAGGCCAGGUCCACGGUGAGCCAGGAGCCCCUGGGCCGCAAGCUCCUAGAUCUGUUCUGGAGAGACUGAAAAGACUGUGAGGCUCAUCUGUAUACACCUAACAAAGGCCGCCCACCCCCCCAACCAGUGUGGGUCUAGAUGACCUGACGCAGCCCAGAAUCCAGAGGGCUCAGGGUUCCGUGGCCUCCAUCUCUCUCUCAUAUCUGUGGACAGAUGUGUCUUGGAUGGGGGCGUAUCCUCUAACGACAGGGGAUGUGGCCAAGAAGAGACUUUCCCCGAGAAACCAACUGUUCUCCCCAUGACCGUGGAGUGAGACUUCUCCUGCCUUUGAAAUCUCCACCCCACUUGGGAAUUUGUAUAUACUUUAUUCUUUUUCUUUUAUUGCUGUAGAUAAUCUGUAUGUACAAAUGUCGAAUUCUGAUUUCUC